GCGAGAGCCCGUUAGGAGAUGCACGGAGGUGCAUGGGCUUCCUACAUGACCAACUCCCCGACCCUGAUCGUGAUGAUCGGGCUCCCCGCCCGUGGCAAGACCUACAUGUCCAAGAAGCUCACCCGCUACCUCAACUGGAUCGGGGUGCCCACCAAAGUGUUUAAUUUAGGGGUGUACCGGCGCGAGGCGGUGAAGUCCUACAAGUCCUACGACUUCUUCAGGCACGACAACAAGGAAGCCAUGGAAAUCCGCAAACAAUGUGCCUUGGUGGCUCUGGAAGAUGUGAAGGCUUAUCUGCUGGAGGAGUGCGGGCAAAUAGCUGUGUUUGAUGCCACCAACACAACUCGAGAGCGACGGGACCUGAUCUUAAAUUUUGCUAAGGAAAAUGCUUUCAAGGUGUUUUUUGUGGAGUCUGUCUGUGAUGAUCCGGAGGUCAUUGCUGCCAAUAUCCUGGAGGUGAAAGUUUCCAGCCCCGACUACCCAGAGAGACACCGAGAGAACGUGAUGGACGAUUUCCUGAAGAGGAUAGAGUGCUACAAGGUCACCUACCAGCCUCUGGAUCCCGAUGCUGAUGACAAAGAUCUUUCCUUCAUUAAAGUGAUCAAUGUGGGCCAGCGGUUCCUAGUAAACAGAGUCCAGGAUUACAUCCAGAGUAAAAUCGUCUAUUACCUAAUGAACAUUCAUGUCCAGCCACGCACCAUCUACCUUUGCCGACAUGGUGAGAGUGAAUAUAACCUUGUUGGCAAGAUUGGUGGGGAUUCUGGUCUGUCACCUCGUGGGAAGCAGUUUUCCCAAGCGCUGAAGAAGUUCAUCGAGGAGCAGGAGAUUGUGGAUCUGAAGGUGUGGACGAGCCAGCUGAAGAGGACGAUCCAGACGGCCGAGUCCCUGGGGGUCCUGUACGAGCAGUGGAAGAUUCUCAACGAGAUUGAUGCUGGGGUCUGUGAAGAGAUGACCUAUGCAGAAAUCGAAGCCAAGUAUCCAGAAGAGUUUGCAAUGAGGGAUCAAGAGAAAUAUCUUUAUCGCUAUCCUGGAGGCGAGUCCUACCAGGACUUGGUCCAACGCCUGGAGCCAGUAAUUAUGGAGCUGGAACGACAAGGCAACGUCCUCGUUAUCUCCCACCAGGCAGUUAUGAGGUGCCUGGUGGCUUAUUUUCUUGACAAGAGUGCAGAUGAGCUGCCCUACCUGCGCUGCCCCCUCCACACCAUCCUCAAGCUCACUCCUGUUGCCUACGGUUGUAAAGUGGAGACCAUAACCCUGAAUGUGGAAGCAGUGAACACCCACCGUGACAAACCCUCCCUGAACUCAAGGGAGCUCCCCAGCAGCCAGAGCCCUGUCAGGAUGAGGAGGAACAGCUUUACCCCGCGGGCCAGCGCGGACACGCCUCCAGUGGGAAAUGCUUCCCCCUGAGAACCACUGAAAGCAGCUUGUGUGUGCUCUCUUUUGGAGAAUGACCCGUUUAACAGUGUAGAGGUUCAUGCUUUCCCCUUGGAUCCUGCUGGGAAUUCCAUGGCCAGGAGGAGCCCUGGGACUGGAGCAUCCCCGGAGCACAGUGAGCCCCUUCGGCCAGUUCUCGCCUUGAACUGAGUUUUUAGAGUUUUUAGAGUGUGUCUUUUUGCCUGUGUCUUUUCUUUCCAAAUGCUGGAAUGUCUGUCCAUGAGAUUGGAGAAAAUUCAUUUAUGGAGCUUUUUCAAGCUGCUUUUAAUGAGCCAACGUAUCCCUGGGCUUUUGGGAUUUUUCCUCCUGGUUAGAUGCCAAAACUAACCACAGUGUGAUGACAAAAGAGUCAUGUUCUUACUGGCUGAGGCAGCUUUUCUUUGGAAAAGGCACUACCAGACAAAAUCCCCGAGUUUUUAUUUAUCUGUUACCAUUUCCAAGUUAUUUCCAAGUUCAAGCACAAUUAUUGUGUCGUUCAGCCACCCAAAGAGCUCCAGUUUAACUUUGCUUCCAGAACUGCUGAUGUGUGUCCCCCCAGUCUGAGCCUGUUCCUUUGCUUGGGAAGGCUUUUUCUUGGGAUGUAACACAGAGCACAUCCCAUUUCCAGGUCAGCACAUCCCACGGGAUGCCUCCUGUGAGGGACAGAUGGGAGUAAAACCUCCUUGUCCUUCUCUGGAAGCAGCACAGCUACCAGUGCUUUUAAAUCCCACCUCAAGCCCUACUUUAGGUUUGCAUCCUGACCUAAAACUCAUCUUCUCUCUCAUUUUUCCUGCAUUUUGUGGAUGGUUUAUCCCUUAACCCCUAAAACAUGGCUCUGCUUAGUGACUGGGAACAGUGGAGCCCUUGAGCAGGGUUUGCAGGAAGCACAAGAUUUUUACCAGUUGGCUUUUUAAUAUACCAAAUUUUAGGCCCACAACAAGCUUUUAGCUUGCUUGUGAAUCAGCUGUGAAUGUUACCCAUGUCUAAUGCUGCCUUUCACAUUUUAAGCUGGUUUUUUUAGUGUUUGGAGCACACGUGGUGCAGCUGUGUCUGUCUGUGUCUGACUUAAAUCCCCCUCAACCCCCAAAUUUAUAGUUUUCUCCCUCAAGCCUUGACUUCCAUUUUGCCAAACUCCCAUUUUACCCCACGCCAGCUGUUCUUGCCAUAAGGGCAAAACCCUCAGGUUGGAUGAAGAAAGGAGUGUUUGGGUACAGAGCAGGAGGCUGUUCUGGACCUGCUGUUUCCAGUUGACUCCAGGAUUUAUCCGAGCAGUUCUGAGACCCAGAAGUUGCUUAUUUUAAAUGUGUAAAUAAAUGCUGGAUAUACCCAUAGUUAGGGAAGUCUGUGCCCUGGCUGUGGAGGAGCUCAGCAGCCCCGAAACCUGAGGCAUACCUGAGCAUUUUGAGCUCAAACCUGGUUGUUUUAAGCAUUCCCAGAGCUUUAAUUUGAUAAAACUGAGUUAGAGAAGACCAAGGCACUAAUCCUGACCCCUUAGGAUUCCUGAGGAGCAGAAGCACAUCAUAAUCUAAAGCAACUGUGCCACAGGGAGAGGAAAUUUGGUGGCGAGAAAUUGAAUUUUAGUGGUUUUGCUCCUCAGGCUUUUCCCCCCCAGGGGGCAGGUUUGCUUCAGCCAUCCAGCCUUGGGUUUUAAACGUUUUCGUGCUUAGGAAUAAGCUAGAAAAAAAAAUAAAAAUGUUGAAGGAAGAGAUUUAGAGCCUGUCUGUGAUAGUUUUUUUGCUGUCACGCUCUGAACGCACAAACCCGCCCGAGUUGGGCUGGCAGCUCCCACCAAAAAACCUCCUGCUCUGUGUGGGGAAAAAAAGAAAAAGGGGUAGAAAAUGUACUGUAGGGUGUUUACGCACAACAUGCUGUGAUAACUUGUUAAAGAGUUGAUUAUGUUCGUUGUCAUCGAGUAGUUAAUGAUUGUAAGGAGACAAAAAUAUAUAUUUUUACCCGCUGGGAUUUGUGAAUGUCGCUGUUUGUGUGUUGGUGGUUGUGGCUUUUUGUGUUUUUUUAAUCACUGCUAAAAAAUCAGGGUUAACUGCUAAAAAAUCAGUUUGGAUCAGUGGCUGUGGGGGUCCCUUAUUCCCAUGGAGUGGGUCCUUGUUUUGGCCAUGGGAUGGAGCUUCAAUCCUUCCCUGCUCACAGCAGUGUUUGUGCCUCGGUGCUUUAAUUAAAGCCUGACUUGAGCCUUUUCCUCCUGCAUUUUAGCCUUUAAAAGGCGUGUGUUUUUAAAACACAGGUGUCCAGAGCAGAGCAGCAGCAGAUUUGUGGUCAGAUCAUUGCCCUGAGGUUGAAUUAUACCCACUGUGCCAGGUCCUGCUGAGCCCUGAGUGCAGGGCCAGGGUGAUGCCAGUGAGCCCACAUGUCUCCUGGCAGGUGCCUGUGCCAGGUAUUUCCUUGAAAUCACCUGAUUUCCUUGGCACUGGGCGUGCAAAUACCCCAGACAAACAACAAUUGCACAAUGGGGUUGGGGUUUUUUUUCGAUACUUUUGAUUGAACAGGAUUUAGCAGCAGCCUGUGCUGUCAGGGGGGAGCAGAGCUGGUGUCGUGGGCUGGGCAGGUGGAGGUGUGGUGGGUUUGGAGGUGUGAAUGUUGGCCUGGCACCUUGGAGAGCAUUUUACCAUGAGGGGGGUGUUUUCUGCAACCCUGUGAUUUUUCUGCCCAUGUGUUUGGUGGUGGUGGCUGCUGUCACCUUCAGUGAGCAGUGGCGGGGCCACCCGUGGGACUAAUGGGUCACUGCAGAGAAAAACGAUCACUCUGGCAAAAAACCUGCUCCAUCUCUUCUGCCAGCAGUGGGGAAAGCUGGAAAAUGGGCAAAAAAAAUGCUUAAACCCAGCCUGGGUAGCUUAUUUGUGUACACUGGCUGUGACCUUGGAGCUGCCACCUCUGCCAAGCAUCCCCUUCCCGGCAGCGGGUGAUGGUGGGGAAGCCUGGCCCUGGUGCCAGGUGGGCAAGGAGCAGCUGUGGGAUGAGAGGCAUCAUCAGCAGCAUGGCCAGGACCCACCUGGCCUGGGGAGAUGUCCCCAACCCUCACCCUGUGCCCCUCUGGAAGGUGCUGGGGGGGCACUGCCGGUGCCACCUCCCCCUGUCCCCGCUGCUCCUCGGUCCCUGAGCACUGUUGGCAGGCUGCCUCUCUAUUUAGUGUUUGCUGAUGUGGAUGUCACCCAUCUGCUUGUAAACUUCCCUGCUCUGCUGCCUUCUAAUGUGGCUUUUUUUUAGGUUUAAAAAGCUGCAGUGUAUGUCAGCUUGUGCUGUAUGUUGUGUACUCUGUGCACUUGGGCAUAAAGAGCCAUCAGCCUCUAUUUACAAUAAAGAGAUUUAAAAAAAACA